GCGAGUCAUGAGCUUCCUCGAGCGCUUUGGCGAUAAGAUCUCGACCGUGACGAUGCACGGGACGCUCAAGCGGUCCGACGGCAGCGAAGAGGUGCGCAGCGGUCCGCUCCGGAAGAAGCCGCAGGCGCCGUCGGCCCUCGCGCCGCGCCCAUCGGCUGGCGCCUCCAACAACGCGAGCCUCCACGAGUCGUACCUUGGAACCAAACCCGACAACGCCAAGCCUAACAACGUUGAUGACGACGACGAUGCGUACGAGCCAGCGGAAGUUGUGCCUUCGAAGCGGUCGCCCAAGCCACAGGCGUCGCCGCCCAAGCGAGCGACCAAGCUCGUCAAGCCCGAGAAGCCGAGCCCAACAGAGCUCAACGAGCAGCGCGCUGUGACCGAGCACGACCAGCUCGCGUUCUCCAAGAAGGCGCGGCCAGUUCAGUACGAGCCUUGCACGCUCACCGAGUACAAGCAAGAAAAACCUGCGGGUUACUACGAGCUCGGGAAGCUCAAGCCCGACUUGAACGCCGAUGACUUGGUCGAGAAGCGCGCCAACAAGGAGCGCAUCAAAGAGUUUUCCAAGAACCUUCGCGCGAUCAACCAAACGACGCUCAAGAAGCGAGAUGUUGUCGAGACUGUCGCGCCGGAGAAGACUCUGUCGACACGGGACAAGGCCCUCGCGUUUGCAAAAGACAAGGUGCCCAAGCCCAAGAUGGUAAUCAAGAAAGCAUCGAGCCCCAAGCCCGUCAAGAACGAGCGCCGCGCGUCGCCGCGUCGAACGCCGCCGUUGGAGCCCAAUGUUCCAAUCGAGUCGGAGCUGCAGCAGCUGCAGCUCAAGCACCGUGCUGCACGGGCGCAGGUCGAGGCGCUCAUGCGGGAUAGCUCGUAGAAGCUUCCAAGUAGAUUCAUAAAUGUAUUGGAAUCGA